CAACGAGUGGCUAUGAUUUCUGGUUCCCCAGCUCUUCGCUUUCCCCGACUUAGUGAAGUUGGUAUUGGUCUAUCAUCCAUGGCGGCUCUCCUCCAUCUUCGACUUAACUCCUCCCUCCUCCCGUCUUCCUCCUCCCACCCUUCCCUCCGCCGGCGACCCUGCCGCCGCCCUGCCGCUCCCUCGACGCGGAUCUCGGCCAAGAUCCGCGAGAUCUUCAUGCCAGCGCUGAGCUCCACCAUGACGGAGGGAAAGAUCGUGUCCUGGGUGAAGUCGGAGGGCGACCGCCUCGCCAAGGGCGAGAGUGUCGUCGUCGUCGAGUCCGACAAGGCCGACAUGGACGUCGAGACAUUCUACGACGAAUACCUCGCCGCCAUCAUGGUCGAGGAGGGCGGCGUCGCCCCCGUUGGCUCUGCCAUCGCCCUCCUCGCCGAGUCCGAGGACGAGAUCCCCCUUGCUAAAUCCCAAGCCUCCUCGUCCUCCUCUGCCGUCGCCGCCUCUCCUCCUCCCGCCGAAGCGCCCGCCUCCACCACUUCCCAGCAAACCUUGGCCCCUUCGCCUCCAGAACCCUCUCCGGUAGCCGCUUCUUCUUCGACCCACCCGGCGUCCGACGGUGGGCGAAUCGUCGCCACACCCUACGCGAAGAAGCUUGCCAAGGAUCUGAAGGUGGACCUGGCGGGUGUGGCCGGCACAGGGCCAAUGGGGCGAAUUGUAGCUAAGGAUGUGGAAGCUGCGGCAGCAGCUGCUGUUGCUUCUGUGCCGAGUGUUCCAUCGAAAGCUGUGGUGGGAUCUGUGUCAGCGAAGACUCCUACUCCUCUGGCUAUUGAACUGGGCACUGUGGUUCCAUUCACCACAAUGCAGGGUGCCGUUAGUAAGAACAUGGUGGAAAGCCUCUCGGUUCCAACAUUCCGAGUAGGUUAUACGAUCACCACGAAUGCACUCGAUGAUCUCUACAAGAAAAUCAAGUCAAAAGGUGUCACCAUGACUGCCUUGCUAGCAAAGGCAACUGCUAUUGCGUUGACAAAGCACCCAGUUGUAAAUUCUAGCUGCAGAGAUGGCAAGAGUUUUACAUACAACAGCAGCAUCAAUAUUGCUGUUGCUGUGGCCAUAGAUGGAGGUUUGAUCACACCGGUCCUUCAAGAUGCCGAUAAGGUUGAUAUCUACUCGUUGUCAAGGAAAUGGAAGGAGUUGGUUGAUAAGGCGAGGGCCAAGCAGCUGCAACCUCAUGAAUACAGCACAGGUACUUUCACUCUUUCAAACCUUGGAAUGUUUGGUGUUGACCGCUUUGAUGCAAUUCUACCACCCGGAACUGGGGCAAUCAUGGCUGUUGGUGCAUCUCAACCAACUGUUGUUGCCGUCAAGGAUGGCAGAAUUGGUCUAAAGAGUCAGAUGCAGGUCAAAAGAAUUUUGCGGUAUCUUAAAGGGAUUCUUAAUUAUGGUAUUUUUUUUCGUAAAAAUACUUCACUCCAUCUCCAUGCCUUUGCUGAUGCUGAUUGGGUAGGGAACUUUGAUGAUAGAACAUCUACGUCCGGAUACAUUGUCUUCCUUGGAGCUACUCCAAUCAGUUGGAGUUCUAAAAAACAAAAGACGGUUGCACGAUCUACAACUGAAGCUGAAUACCGUGCCGUCGCCACCGCCGCUGCUGAACUCAAUUGGGUCACAAAUUUGCUCAAGGAACUCAACGUCAACUCUACGGUUAUUCCUACAAUAUAUUGUGAUAAUAUUGGAGCUACUUAUUUAUGUGUCAAUCCAGUGUUCCAUUCCCGCAUGAAACACAUAGCCAUCGACUUCCAUUUUGUGCGAGAUCAAGUUGCCAGACAUCAACUCCGAGUUUCUCAUGUACAUACAGCAGAUCAACUAGCCGACUCACUCACAAAGCCUCUCGCCCGUAAACUAUUUUCAUCUCAUCGGUCCAAGAUCGGCAUCCUUGAUGGAAGCUCAAUCUUGCGGGGGCAUGAUAAGCAGAUAAGAUUUCCUCAAGGCAGUUGAGGAAAUCUCUCAGCAGUUGAGAAAAAUCCUC